AUGUUAAUUGUGAUAAAUUACAAGGAAUAAAGGUCAAAUAAUCUAAUUUGAGUUAAAUGCGUACUGUUUUGAUAUUAUUCUGUAAAUGAUUACAUAAUAUUGAUUUUAUCUUUACUUUGUCCAAUAAAAUAAUGCGAAAUACAUUUAUCAAACGUUAUGUUUGCAGUAAAAGUUAUGAGGCAGCUAUAAAAAAAUUAUAUGGUUUACAAAGUAAUAGUACGUAUUUAAAGUUAGCAACAAAAAAUAAUUCACAAACAAAUAAUAAAUUAUUUGAUACAAUAAAAUAUUUAGUUCGCUCUGGUAUUACACUUGAAAAAUUAGACACUUUAUCAGUAAUACAUGUAGCAGGUACAAAAGGAAAAGGUUCUACUUGUGCGUAUACAGAAGCUAUUUUACGUGAACAUGGUUUUAAAACAGGAUUCUUUAGUUCUCCACAUUUAAUUAGUGUAAGAGAACGUAUAAGAUUAAAUGGACAACCAAUAAGUGAAAUGCAUUUUACUCAAAACUUUUGGAAAAUAUAUAAAAAAUUAGAAGAUACAAGAGAAUAUGAAUCUGACAUGCCUGCAUAUUUUAAUUUUUUAACACUUCUUAUGUUUAAUGUAUUUUUAGAUGAACAUGUUGAUGUUGCUAUAAUUGAAGUAGGUAUUGGAGGUUUAUAUGAUUGUACAAACAUUGUAAGAAAUCCUGUCUGUGUAGGUAUAACUAGUUUAGGAUUAGAUCAUACUUCUCUUUUAGGUAAUUCUCUUGAAGAUAUAGCUUAUCAAAAAUCUGGAAUUUUUAAAUCAGGAACUAUUGCAUUUUCUGUUCCACAAUUACCUCAGGCAAUGUGUAUACUAGAAAAAAGAGCAAUUGAAAAAAAUUGCAAAUUACAUAUUGUACCAUCCUUUGAUGAAUAUAAGUGGGAAAAUAUUUCACCUACUUUGCAAAUAAUAAAUAAAGUUCAACAACAAAAUGCAUCUCUAGCUAUUCAAAUGGCUAUUGAAUGGAUACAAUCUAAAAGUAAAAUUUCAAAUGUUUUGCAUAAUUCCAUAAAUAAUAAUAUUUGUUGUAAAUAUAAAGAAAAUUCUCAAAUAAUUGUAUUUAUGGAUAAGGUAGCAAUAGGUUUAUCUUGUUGCAAAUGGCCAGGUCGUAUGCAAAUUUUAAAAAGUAGUAUUGGUGACUUUUUUUUAGAUGGUGCUCAUACAAUUGAAAGUAUUAAAUGUUGUAUUUCUUGGUUCAGUGAUGUAAGUAAUAAAAACAGAGGGAAAAGAUUUCUUAUUUUUAACACAUCUGGUAAUCGAGAUCCAAUUAAAUUAUUAAUAUUAUUAAAAUCUUUAUAUUUUCAUAAAGUAUAUUUCGUACCAAAUUUUGCAGGAAUUAAAAGUUUAGAUGAUGAAGUAAAUUGUUUCUUAAUAGAUGAGCAAAAAAUAAAAUGUGAAAUAAAUUCUAAAAUAUGGGGAACAAAUUCAGUGAUUGUAAAUAGUGUUUUUGAAGUUUUACAAGAUAUAAAAAAUAAUUCAGAACACAACCAGAUAUUUGAAAAAAACCAGAUAUUAGUAACAGGAUCUUUACAUUUAGUAGGUACAGUUCUUACUAUUUUAGAUCCAAAUUUGACAAUGAAUACACAAUUUUAAUAUUUUCAAAAUUGAAAUUAUUUAUAUAUAUAUAUAUAUGUAUAUAUAUAUAAUGUAAUUGUGAAAUAUAUAAAAAGAACAUUUUUUUAUAAACGAUAGAAUUAUGUAUUUAACAAUUAUAUUAACAAUUGUAUCAAUUCAUGACAAUACAUUGAUGAUUAAUAUAUGAUAAUACAGUAAGAUAUUGCAUUGUUAUAAUGAUCAUAAUCAGAAAGUACUUAUUGAUACUUUUUCGUAACAAUUCCCUUUUGUACUUUAAUAUAAAUAUAUUGUUCAUAAAACUAUAAAUAAUUGUAAAGUUUUAAUAAUUUGUACAUAUGACAAGUAUGUAUAUGUUUAUGAAUUGUACAACACAGGAGAAAUAGGUGAUAUUAAAA